AUCUCUUCGACUGUUCCUGAUAAAACCCCGCGAAACGAAUUCAUUUCUCAGUCUCUCUGCUAGUGGUAGGGUAUCAUCAGAAAAUGGCUGUUCGCCUCUUCACUCGCCCUGUACUCUGCAGGCCGACAUCCUCCAACAAAACGCUAAUUCUUUCUCUUCUCUCUCGCUCUUUAUCUUCCCUCCCCACGACCAAUCCUGUCUCUCGCUCUUUCUCUCUCCUCCGUGGUCUGCGGCCCCUCUCCGCCGCUGCCAGCUUCGCCUCCUUUAAUCUUUCUCCUGCUCUAGCUACUCGGUCCUUCUCGACCCGGACUACAACGUCCUCGCUUAAUGAUCCGAGCCCUAACUGGUCUAACAGGCCUCCUAAAGAGACUAUCUUGCUGGAUGGAUGCGACUUUGAACACUGGCUUGUGGUUAUGGAGAAGCCAGAGGGCGAUCCUACGAGGGAUGAAAUAAUUGAUAGCUAUAUCAAAACCCUGGCUAUGGUUGUGGGCAGUGAGGAAGAAGCAAGGAAGAAGAUCUACUCAGUUUCAACUAGAUGCUACUAUGCUUUUGGAGCUCUCGUGUCUGAAGAGCUUUCUUACGAGAUUAAAAAAUUGCCCAGGGUUCGUUGGGUUCUUCCUGAUUCAUAUUUGGAUGUUAAGAACAAAGAUUAUGGAGGGGAACCAUUUAUUGAUGGCAAAGCUGUUCCCUAUGAUCCGAAGUACCAUGAAGAAUGGAUGAGGAAUAAUGCCAGGGCAAAUGAGAGAAAUAGGCGCAACGAUAGGCCUCGUAACUUUGACAGGUCAAGAAACUAUGAAAGAAGAAGGGAAAAUAUGCAGAACAGAGAUUUCCAGAACACAAGGGCAGCUCCAAUGGACAAUCAGGGCAUGCAGAACCCCACAUCCAACAUGGCUGGAGUGCCACUGAGCAACAUGAGUGGACCAGGUGGGCCGCCGCCACCACCACCUAACAACUAUAUGGGCAGACCACCCCCUAACAACUAUAUGCAUGGGCCACCACCGCCGCCUCCCAACAACUAUAUGGGUGGGCCACAAAACAUGGGAGGAAUACCUCACAACAAUUUUGGAGGCAUGCCUCCCAAUAACAUGGGAGGAGUGCCUCAAAGUCCAGGAUGGUCCAAUAACAUGCCUGGGAACAUGCAGCAUAACUUUCAGAAUGGGCCCAACGAUGGAGGCAUGCCUCACCAAGGUGCACAGUCAAACUACCAGAAUAACUACACUUCAAACAGGGAUGGAAGCAUGCCUGGUGGAGACUAGGCUUGAAUGAUAUCGGAAGACGCUAGGCAUGCUGUGUAGAUAUCCAAGGAAGAUUUUUUUUUUUUUUUUGGUAAUCUUCUCAAGGCUAAUAGUCUUAAUGUUCAGAUUGGCUGAUGAUUUAUUGAUGUUUGCUUGUCAUCAUUGUUUGCAUGGCGCUACUUGUGCUAAUAUUGAAUUAAAUGUCAGCUAAAAUUUUAAGUAGAGGAUUCAA